AUGGAUAAAUUUUUCACGAGGUUGGACCAUUCUCAACCAAGUCCUAGUUGUCAAUCCUUGAUCCAAGCGAAUGUCAAUCUUUCCUAUCUUAUAAAUGAACUCGAUUUGGGGUCACUUAAAGGUGAUCCAGGAGAAAGAAUACCUAUUUCUGACUAUAACCCUAGAAUACGAGAUGAAGUAAGGAAACAUUACAUUCAACAAGGUCCUUGUCAACCUUCCAAGCAUCAAUUUCCCAAAACUCUAAUAGGAGGAAGAAUGCGUCAAUUUGUUCCAAGUUGGUUCAAUGGUCAAUUUUCUAAAUGGUUGGAGUAUAGUGUGAAGAAAGAUGCGGCAUUUUGCUUAUGUUGUUAUUUGUUCAAAAAUGAAUUUAUUCAUGGAAGUGCGGGUGAAUUUUAUACAAAAAAUGGUUUUAGGGCUUGGAAUAAGGGUCUUGAAAGAUUGCGUUUACACGUUGGUGAUGUUAUUAGUGUCCAUGAUAAAUGUUUCAAGAAGAUGCUAGAUUUAUCAAAUCAUCAUCAAUCAAUUCAACUUGUUUUUGAUAAGCACUCCGAGAGGUUAAAAA